AUGUGCAAGGACUAUGUGUACGACAAAGACAUUGAGCAAAUUGCCAAAGAAGAGCAAGGGGAAGCCUUGAGAUUGCAAGCUUCCACCUCGACGGACGUGUCCUACCAGCCGUGUUCAGUGCCUGGCCUCGGGGAGAAGUACCCCACCUGGGAGACCACCAAGCCCGAGUUGGAACUGCUGGGACACAACCCGAGGAGAAGAAGGAUCGCCUCCAGCUUCACCAUCGGCUUGAGAGGACUCAUCAAUCUGGGCAACACGUGCUUUAUGAACUGCAUCGUCCAGGCCCUCACCCACACGCCGAUCCUGAGAGAUUUCUUCCUCUCCGACAGGCACAGAUGCGAAAUGCCGAGUCCGGAGUUGUGCCUGGUGUGUGAGAUGUCUUCACUGUUUCGGGAGUUGUAUUCUGGAAACCCUUCUCCUCACGUUCCCUAUAAACUGCUGCACCUGGUGUGGAUACACGCUCGCCAUUUAGCAGGGUACCGGCAGCAGGAUGCCCACGAGUUUCUCAUCGCAGCGCUUGAUGUUUUGCACCGGCACUGCAAAGGUGAUGAAGUUGGGAAGGCUGCCAACAACCCCAACCACUGUAACUGCAUCAUAGACCAAAUCUUCACAGGUGGCCUGCAGUCUGAUGUCACCUGUCAGGCCUGCCACGGCGUCUCCACCACCAUAGACCCGUGCUGGGACAUCAGUUUGGACUUGCCUGGUUCUUGCGCCUCCUGGCCCAUGAGCCCAGGGAGGGAGAGCAGCGUGAAUGGGGAAAGCCACGUACCAGGAACCACCACGCUCACGGACUGCUUGCGAAGGUUUACAAGGCCAGAGCACCUGGGAAGCAGUGCCAAAAUCAAGUGCGGUAGUUGUCAAAGUUACCAGGAAUCUACCAAACAGCUCACGAUGAAUAAGUUGCCUGUUGUUGCCUGUUUCCAUUUCAAACGAUUCGAACACUCGGCUAAACAGAGACGCAAGAUCACCACGUAUAUAUCCUUUCCGUUGGAGCUGGAUAUGACGCCCUUUAUGGCCUCCAGUAAAGAGAGCAGGCUGAAUGGACAGUUGCAGCUGCCGACCGGUAGUGGAACCGACGAGAAUAAGUAUUCCUUGUUUGCCGUGGUGAAUCACCAAGGGACUUUGGAGAGCGGCCACUACACCAGCUUCAUCCGGCACCACAAAGACCAGUGGUUCAAGUGUGAUGAUGCCGUUAUCACCAAGGCCAGUAUUAAGGACGUUCUAGACAGUGAAGGGUAUUUGCUUUUCUAUCACAAACAGGUCCUGGAACACGAAUCAGAAAAAGUGAAAGAAAUGAAUACACAAGCCUACUGA